GCCCCGCCCGCGCCCGGAGCUGGGCUCCCUCCGCAGACCCGCCCUCGCGAGGCUCCGCCGGCCUGCAGAGGAGGCCGCGCCCGCAGGCCCAUGGCUGAGGCCUCGCCGGCGGUCACGCUGCCGGCCGUGGUGGAGGAGCUCCUGAGCGAGAUGGCCACGGCGGUGCGGGAGAGCGCGCGCGUUCCUGAUGAGCAUCUAUUAUUGCUGAAGUUUGUCUUUGGCUCAUCAGCCCUCCAGGCCUUGGACCUAGUUGAUCGACAGUCCGUCACUUUAAUCUCAUCGCCCAGUGGGAGGCAUGUUUACCAGGUACUUGGAAGUUCUGGUAAAACAUACACAUGUUUGGCUUCUUGUCAUUACUGCUCAUGUCCUGCAUUUGCCUUCUCCGUGCUCCGGAAGAGUGACAGCCUACUGUGCAAGCAUCUCUUAGCAGUUUAUCUUAGUCAGGUUAUGGGGACCUGUCAGCAGCUAAGUGUCUCGGAUAAGCAAUUGACGGACAUGUUAUUGAUGAAGAAGCAACAAGCAUAAAAGGAUAUUGCAGAAGCAACUGAAGCGGUGAACAAACAGAUGAAAAAGAUUUUACAGCGUAGGAAACCUCAACCCGAUGCCCCCAAAGCAUGAGGGGCUAGUGAAGGCAUGCUGCGUGAGAAGCCACGAGGUUGCAGUGUUCUGUGGUUGGCAGAGCCUGUUGUUACAGUGAGGUGUGGCAAAUAAACUGAAGAUUUUCCUGCUA